AUGGGAACGGCCGAACAUCUGGGUCUCCUUUUUGAGUUGGGGGAAAGGCUAGGCUAUUCAGGCGAAGCUCUGGAUGAUUGGGCGCAGCAUCAGAUUAAUGCAGAACAUGAGCGUAAGACUAGUGAGGCCAAAUUAGAUAUUGCGAUCGCUGAACAAAGGGCGAAGAUAGAGCUAGAUUUAGAAAGACUUAGACUAACAGAAAAGUCUAGAGCGGAAAUAGAAUUAGAAAAACUUAGGCUGGCCGAUCAACAGAGUAGGGCUGAGUUAGAACUUGAAAAGCUUCGAUUACAAGUACGCCUGGAGGAAUCCAGGCAUCAGGUAACAGCAACAGACAAUAGGGACCGUGAUAGUACGGGACUGGGAAUAUUGGGUAAGAUCCCGAAAUUUGAGGAAGGUAGGGACAAUCUCGAUUCGUUCAUUCGUCGGUUUGAAACCGUUGCUAGGUCAACUAAUGUCCCUGAAUCCCAAUGGGGCACCCAACUCCUCGUGCUAAUUGGAGGUAGGGGGCUGGAUGCCUGCCAGAGUCUGACUGAACAUCAGAUGAAGGAGUUUAAAAUAUUAAAACAGACUCUGCUAGAAUAUUAUCACCUCACGGAAGAUGCGUACCGCCAGAAGUUCCGUAAUUUAAAACCUAGUAACUCGGAUGAUUUUAAAAUAUUCAUCAACGAGAUUAGUGUCACAUUCAACAAGUGGUUUGAGGCCUCUGGUUUAGAACGAACUGCCGAUAACCUACAGGAAUUUUUCCUGGUGGACAAGGUUCUUUGUUCGGUUGAUAGGGACUUGUUUAGUUAUCUACAGGAACGUAAACCUCGCGACCUGCCAACGAUAACAGAUCUCUGCCAAAAAUAUCAGGCUGCUCACCCUGAUAGACCAGUCGCGAAUGACUCAACACCAAUGACGCCCACUAUUUUUACCGCCCAACCUUCACAAUCGGGGAGAGGUAGAAGCUCAUACAGGGAUGAGGGCCUAUAUAAUAGAUCAGAUAAUAGAUCCUCCUCGUUACCCAGGGGAAGUAACUGCUAUCACUGUAAUCAGUACUCUCAUAAGGAUUGCCCUUGUAGUAGCACGUCUUUUAACCAGAGACCGAUAAGAUGUUUCAAGUGUGGCCGAACGGGACACGUGAGCAGACAAUGCAGGAACGGUGGUGGUGGGAAUCAUAACUUAAAUGGCGACCGACGGUAUGGGGUUGAUACGCCGAGGGACAGAAGAUGA